CGGCCUCCUCUCUUCUGCUGCUUCCUUGCGUCCUUGGGUCCGCGCUCCUAUGCCGCCAGGCUCUCUCUGCCCAUCCAGGCCUACUUCUUGGUUGCUGCCCACGCUCGUUGUGUGUUAUCGCAGGUGGGCUGCAACCUUGAAGGGGGGAUUGUCCAUUGUCCCCCAUGACCAUCCAUUGGUCACUUGGCACCUGCUUCUCUGCAGGAUCGGUUCGGAUGGAGCACCCCUUGCUCUAUCCCCAGCUGAUUGUGAUGUCGCACCUGGUGCAGCGGACCCUCUCCCUCCGUCCCCUCUCCUCUGCACUCCUCCCUCUGUUCCCAUUGUCUCCGCCUUGGUCCAUGACCUCUCCCCCCGCUGUCUCGCCUCUACGCACGUCUCCACGGGCAUAUACCCCCGGCUUUGGCCGGCGGAACAUCCGCUACGUGCCUCCGCUGUUGUGCGAGGCCUUGCGCUAACCGUGUGAUGGCUGGCCCCCUUGGCCGGCUUGUUACGUCUUGAGCGUCAGAGCAGUCGGUCCUUCUGUUGGCUCUGUCCCCCCUACGUGUGUCUCCAUGGGCGUAUACCCCUGGCUUCGGCCGGCGGAACAUCUGCUACGUGCCUCCGCUGUUGUGCGAGGCCUUGCACUAACCAUGUGAUGGCUGGCUUGCUGUUGUGGCCGGCCUGUUACACCUUGGCUCCGGACAUCCACGGCAGGUGGUAGACCCGUGCAUCACCCGCCGACCCCAUCUAUUAGGUGGCUGGUGCACGCAACAUCCCUCCCUUCUGCAUCCGAUACGUGCCUUUUUUUUCGGUUGCCUCUAUUGCUGCUGUGCAGCUGGGACAACCGAUUGGUGCGUCGAGGGCGCCGCACCUUGAAGGGGGGAUGAAGGGGCAGUGGAGGGAAGCGACCGCAAGGGAGCUUCUCUCUACAAGUGGGACGACUUCAGGAGUCCUGGUUGCCCUUACAGGCACCUGAGCUUCUGGGAGGAGCAGAGUGACGACCACCCUGACCAUAGGGAAGGUUGUGGUACAGCCACACAUGCAUAGCUGUGGGGCUGGACCUUAGAGCGGGACAGUGACCAACCACUAGGUCAUAGGGAGCUGACACGCAGCUCAGUGACGACGCACCGGACGACAGAGUAGGAUGCGCAGCAUCCCACUGGAGUAGUGUGUCCUUCUUUUUCCCCACCCACCCUCCCCUUUCUCCCAUCUGCUUCGCGCUGCCUACGUCGGGACGCCGUAGCUUGAAGGGGAGAUGAUGUCAGGGGACGCCGCGCUCCUUGGGCACGUGACCAUGCACGUGACCCACUGCGCCCUCUCUGCCGACCCGUGCCUGCUCACCUGUCGAUCACCCAGCCUCCUCCUCCUCCUCCGAUCCUCAUCUCCAUCCAUGCCGACAUCCGCCCUCUCCCUCCUUCUCCCGGCCAUCUCCCUCAAAUCCCCGCAAGCGGUCUAGCCAAGCCCGAUUCCUUGCACCAGGGAGUGCUACUGCCGUACGCACUCCUCCCCCUUCACUUCGGCCUUCUCCCCGCGGAUGUGGUCUACUGCCGUACAGGCUCGUACCAGAUGCCCUUGCGCUCAUCCGCACCACCCCUCUUCCCAGUCGGGCAUUGGUCCUCGCCUCCAAUGUCUCCACUGGCCGGCCCGGCACUGGCCUGGCCACUGGGCUCCUCCAGUGUGGCCUUCCACUGUUGGUGUCUCAGGAGCUGGCCAUCACUGGCCCCUCUGAGCCACUCACUAUCUUAUCUGGGUUUGUCAUUAUCUACUUGUCAUCUGCCAUUGUUCCAUGGCAGUGAUAUCCCAUCAUCAUCGGUCACUUGUCACAGCUGACUAUAUAGUGUGACACCUGGGCACAUGGAUCCUUGAACCGUUCUCUAAGGAUCCCCCUCUGUGCUCAGGUGAGUAGUAUACCUCCCUUGUAUUUGAUAGUCUCUAAGGAUCCCCCUCUGUGCUCAGA